AAAUGUCUUCGAUCGCCCGACAUUUGAUAUGUAACAGCUUCUGCAGUCCAACUUAAUCGACAUUACGGCCAAAGAACGGAUAAGAACCAUUCGCGAAUCUUUGAGGCUACAUACGGCCGCAUUAUCCAAAUCCACACGACAGAACAGUCUCAAUUGCGAAAUCCCACAAACCGAAUCGAGACGCGACAGCACGAGCUUUUGCCUAUCGCGAAAAUCCAACGUCCAAGAGAAGAAGAGCAGACAACAACGCAGUCAUGCUCUACGACCUCAACAUUGCCUGGUCGCCAACGACCUCAGCCUCAGAGCUCGAACGUACGCUCAAGUUCGCCAAAAAUCUAGGUUACGAUGUCGUCGCCUUGAACCAGACCAUAACGGGCAACAUCCCAACACAACCGCACCCGAUCAGCAACCCUAUCCCGCAGCUCACACAUCCACACCCAUCAUUCCCCGGUGGCGGCAAUUCAACAAGUGUCACAUCCAUAGCGACCACACGGACAAAGACGACAAACCUCUCAACAACCGCCUCAUCAGCCGUCCCUCCCUCCUCCUCCUCCCCCCUCCCCACUGUCCUCCGCCGCGUAACCUUAACCGUCACCGAUCCCUCGACAACCAACUACCGCCUCGUCGACUUUGCCCGUUCCUAUGACCUGCUGGCCCUUCGCCCGACAAACGACAAGGCCUUCAGCUGGGCGUGCCUGAGCACCACGGAGCCGCCAGCCAUUAUCAGCCUUGACCUGACCCAGUUCCUGGGCUUCCACAUCCACCACCGCACCGCCAUGGCGGCCGUGCAUCGCGGCACGCGCUUUGAGAUCUGCUACAGCCAGGCAUUUUUGUCAGGUAACACUGUGGACGCCCAGCGGGCGAGGAGCAAUUUCAUCGGCAAUGUUCUGGGCUUGCUUCGGGCGACCAAGGGCCGCGGGAUCAUCGUUUCGAGCGAGGCCAAGAGCGCAUUAGGUCUCAGGGGCCCCGCAGACGUGGUCAACCUGUUGGCUGUGUGGGGAUUGGGACCGGAGAAGGGGACGGAGGCGCUGGGGACGGUACCGAGGGCGGUGGUGGUCAAUGAGGGUGUUAAGAGGAGGGGUUUCAGAGGGGUGGUGGAUAUCGUGCAGACUGCUCCUGGGGGUAAAGUGAGGAGCGAGGAGGAGGAGGGGGGAGCGGAGGGGGAUGCGAAGUUGAGUAAGAAGCAGAGGAAGUUGCAGCAGAAACAACAGCAAGGGCAGAAACAACAGCAGCAGCAGCAGCAGCAGCAGGGGCAAAAGCAGGGAGGGCAGCAAGGCCAAGGCCAAAAGCGCAAGAAUGGAGAGGGUGGUGGUGGGCAGCAAAAGAAACAGGCGAAGUAGUCGAAGAACGAGUGUUAUUGGAGGCGAGCCUCGUCAGUAGUCUGGGUAUGACUUGACUGCUGCGUAUCGGGGGGCGCUUAGGUGACAGGGCGUUAGGCUUUUUUUUUCUUUUCUAUCUUGUUCACGCAGCAUGUCAUCACGUCUGACGAGCAUUCCACGAUACCCAUCUAUUUAGAGCGAAAAAUGGGAACUAUAACAAGGGCGUGUGGGCUGUGAUGGGUUUCAGGAGUUUUGGUUUGUCAACAAUAUCACGCCAUUGAACAUGUCAGUUUGGUUACAGGAGUAACAACUUCAACGGGGCACUCUGGUAAA